CCGCAGCGUCGGCUCGACGCUAAGGGGCUGCCACGGCAGGGAGCGCCACCUACCCGCUCCCGCUCCGUUUGGACAUUUGUCUGGAAAUCUAACUAUCCUCAGGUGGAAAGAGGUGCUGCUUCCUCAUUCAGUAUUCACAUGUCUUAAUGAUCAGCUGCCUUCCUGAAUCAGGAGAUAACUUUGUCAUUCUUUUCCAACUGAAAAAAACAUGACUCAUCAACUGGUACAGCAGCUGGAUGGCUUCAAUGCCAGGCUGUUGUUCCAAACAGCCAGGUACACAAUUUAGGCAGUAGAGGGAAGGCCGUGAGGACUGGCUGAGAAGUCUCUAAAGAGCAGAGGUUGCUGUUCACUGGUGGACUGAGUGUUGCAAGAGCGCUGAAGCCAGGCCAUCCAUUUCUUCUUGUCAUGUGUCAUGUGACUCUCCGUGGGAGCUGCUGCCUGAGUGGAAAUGCUCUCAGUGGUGGAGAAUGGACUGGACCCCCGGGCUGCCAUCCCAGUCAUCAAGAAGAAGCUGGUGGGAUCCGUGAAGGCAUUGCAGAAGCAGUACGUGUCCCUGGACACGGUGGUCACUAGUGAAGACGGAGAUGCCAACACCAUGUGCAGCGCCCUGGAGGCUGUGUUUAUCCACGGCCUGCAUGCCAAGCACAUCCGAGCGGAGGCUGGAGGAAAAAGGAAGAAAAGUGCCCACCAGAAGCCUCUGCCUCAGCCUGUCUUCUGGCCACUCCUAAAAGCUGUCACCCACAAACACAUCAUCUCGGAGUUGGAGCAUCUGAUCUUUGUCAACACGGAUGUGGGCCGCUGCCGGGCAUGGCUGCGUCUGGCCCUCAACGACGGCCUGAUGGAGUGCUACCUGAAGCUGCUCCUCCAGGAGCAGGCCCGACUGUGCGAGUACUAUCAGCCCACAGCCCUGCUUCGAGACGCCGAGGAGAGCGAGUUCCUCCUUAGCUUCCUGCAGGGACUAACAUCCUUGUCCUUUGAACUCUCCUAUAAGUCCGCCAUCUUGAACGAGUGGACACUCACCCCAUUGGCCCUCUCUGGGCUUUGCCCACUGUCUGAGCUCGACCCUCUCUCUACCUCUGGUGCAGAACUACAGCGGAAGGAGUCUCUGGAUUCAAUUUCCCAUUCCUCAGGCUCGGAGGACAUUGAAGUCCAGCACUCAGGCCAUAAGAUCCGGCGGAACAGGAAGCUCACUGCCUCCUCCCUCAGCCUGGACACGGCCAGUUCGUCCCAGCUGUCCUGCAGCCUAAACUCUGAUAGCUGCCUACUCCAAGAGAAUGGCUCCAAGAGUCCAGACCAUUCUGAGGAGCCCAUGUCCUACGACUCAGACCUGGGCACAGCAAAUGCCGAUGAUUCAGACCGGUCUCUGCAAGAGGUGUUGUCGGAAUUCAGCAAAGCCCAGGUAAACUCUGUGCCAACCAAUGGAAUGAGCCAAGAAACAGAGGUCCCCAUGCUCCAGGGCUCGCUCUCCCUCCACGGCCUGGACACCAACACACACCUGCACUAUGAGUUGCCUGCAGAGCCCUUUACUUCCCAUCCAGCCUCUGGAACCCAAGAUGGUGGCCAUAAGCAGGAGCUGCAUUCCCAGACACCUGGCAUCCUGGACUUGAAACAGCUGGACACUGCCCAAGCUGUCCCUGCAGGGAGCACCUCAGGCCAGCAGUCUUCUAGCACUGUGAGAGAGACGACCAGAGCAGUCGGCCAAGAGAGUGGCCAGCAGAAGACCCCAUGGGGUGACGGAGUUGGACUGAAGCUUGUGGUUUCCUCACCCACCAGUCCGAAAAGCAAGAGCUGGAUUUCAGAAGAUGAUUUCUACCGGCCUCCCCGGGAGCAACCCCCAGAGAGAGCUUCGGAUUGCCCCGUAGCUUCUUCCAGAGGGCCUCCAGAGGCAAGGCCUGGUCUCCACAGGCAUUUUUCUCAAGGACCAAGAAAAAGCUGCUCCCUGGGGGCAUUAGACAAAGCGUGUGUGCCUUCCCCAGGAAGCAGGAAAAGCAAGGCAGCCCCAGCGCAGGAGCAUAGGAACUUCUGGGUGGUGCACCGGAGGCAGAUGGGGCUGUCCAACCCGUUCCGGGGCCUCAUGAAACUGGGCACAGUGGAGCGGCGGGGGGCAAUGGGCAUCUGGAAGGAACUCUUCUGCGAGCUCUCCCCACUGGAAUUCCGCCUCUACCUGAGCGACGAGGAACGCACCUGUGUAGAGAACUGCUCCCUGCUGCGCUGCGAGGCUGUGGGGCCGGCCCACAGUGACGGGCGCUUCGAGCUGGUGUUCUCUGGCAAGAAGCUGGCCUUGCGAGCCUCGUCCCAGGAUGAAGCCGAGGACUGGCUGGACCGCGUGCGGGAGGCCCUGCAGAAGGCCCGGCCUCAGCCGGAGGAUGAGUGGGUGAACAUCGAGUACCCGGACCAGCUUGAGGGGCCCCCUGAGGGGCCCCAGGGUGACCGCCCCUCUCACCUGGACCUGCCCUCGGAGCCUGCGACCCUCCAGGGCACGCAGUUUGACUGGUCAUCUGCCCAAGUUCCAGAGCCAGACGCUAUUAAGGAGUCCCUUCUGUACCUGUACAUGGACAAGACCUGGGUGCCCUAUAUUUUUUCCUUGUCCUUGGAGUCUUUGAAAUGCUUCCGUGUGAGAAACAACGAGAAGAUGCUGAGCGACAGCCAUGGCAUUGAGACCAUCCGAGACAUCCUGCCAGACGCGAGCCUCGGGGGCCCGUCCUUCUUUAAAAUCAUCACGGCCAAGGCCGUCCUGAAGCUGCAGGCUGGGAAUGCCAAGGAGGCGGCCCUGUGGAGGGACCUGGUCCGCAAGGUCCUGGCGUCCUACCUGGAGACAGCUGAGGAGGCAGUGACACUCAGCGGGAGUCUGGAUGAAAACUGUCAGGAGGUGCUGAAGUUCGCCACGCGGGAGAACGGCUUCCUACUGCAGUACCUGGUGGCCAUCCCCACGGAGAAAGGCCUCGACUCCCAGGGCUGCUUCUGUGCAGGCUGCUCCCGGCAGAUCGGCUUCUCCUUUGUACGACCCAAGCUCUGUGCCUUCUCUGGCCUCUAUUACUGUGACAUCUGCCACCAAGAUGAUGCCUCAGUGAUUCCAGCCAGGAUCAUCCACAACUGGGACCUCACCAAGCGCCUGGUCUGCCGGCAGGCCCUCAAGUUCCUGACGCAGAUCCGGGCCCAGCCCCUCAUCAACCUGCAGCUGGUGAACGCGUCGCUGUACGAGCAUGUGGAGCAGAUGCGCCUUAUUGGGCGGAGCCGCGAGCAGCUGAAGCUCCUUGGGGACUACCUGGGCCUGUGCCGCAGCGGCGCCCUGAAGGAGCUGAGCAAGAGGCUUAACCACAGGAAUUAUCUCUUGGAGUCUCCCCACAGGUUCAGUGUCGCUGACCUCCAGCAGAUCGCAGAGGGGGUGUAUGAAGGAUUCCUCAAGGCCCUGAUCGAAUUUGCCUCCCAGCACGUCUACCACUGCGACCUGUGCACCCAGCGUGGCUUCAUUUGCCAGAUCUGCCACCACCACGACAUCAUCUUCCCCUUUGAGUUUGACACCACAGCCAGGUGUGCCGAGUGCAAGACAGUCUUCCACCAGGGCUGCCAGGCCGUGGUGAAGAAGGGCUGCCCCCGCUGUGCCCGCCGGCGCAAGUACCAGGAACAGAAUGUUCUCACCUAAUCCCCACCUCCAGACCCCACCCUGGAGGCCAGGGGUGAGUGCCAACAGCCUGGGCACAGCCUGUGUCACAGCUGUGUCCCAUUGGCGGGAAGACCCUCAGAUGUGACCAGAGCACGGGCCUCCCAGAGAAAGCCCAGGACGCCCUGAUGAUGCCCCAGGACCACUCUGCUACCCUCUGCUCCACUGGACGGGGGCCACCACUGUCAUGGCACCUCCAUCAGGGCUGUUCAAACACUGUGGAAAUGAGACUUGGGAGCAUUUUCAAUUCCACAUUCCUGAUUAAAAGGUCUAGUUUUUUAAGGUGGGUUUUUCCCCUUCAUAUUACAACAGAAAAUAUUUUUUUAUUCUUGAGCCUGCACAAGUCACCCAUGAAAUCCAGACAUUCUCACCCUGAGCAGAUGUGCAGGAGCCACUCAGGCCUGGCUUGGCAGCGGCAGGUAGCUGGGCAGGUGAGCCAAUGCCGGACGGGGCCUGGCGGCUGGACCGGGUGCCUUUCUUCCGCCCCUGCUGCCCUGCACCAAACUGCCCGUUGGCAGGGUGGGGCCAGUCCCGGUGACCCCUGCUUCCUCUCCUUGUGUCGUCUUUCCUCCCUGCUCCCACACUCCUCACCUGAAGGGCCCAUCCCCUUUCUUGGUGUCAGAGCCCCUGGCUCUUCUCUAGCCUGGGCUCUUGGUCCCAGCGGGAGAAGGAGAAAUGACUCAACCAGCACUGUUAGCACUUUGCACCUUCCUUGGUUCAGGGAAGGUCAUCACCUUGCCCGCCCCUCAUCCUCAUGCCCUCCUCACUCCUAGGCAGACAGGCAGGGCGGUGCUACCAAUGCCGCAGGCCCACCUGCUGUGGGCUCUCAGGUCACAACCCCUGCCCGCCUGACCCCAGAGAGGGCAGCCAAGCCCAGGCAGGGGCUGGCCUUGGGCGCUGUGACUGCUGGGCCCUGCACUGUGGAGUAAUGACCGGGUCCUUCCACUGCUGAGAUGUGCAGGGACGGGCAGAGAAGCUGCCCUGAGGAAGCAACCCCAGCCUCAGUCUUACAAAGCCAUUAAUUCCCAAAGCUUCACUGGACUUGCCCAGCAGGGCGCUGCCGGAGACUGGGAAAUUUCCUUGGCAUAGGAUUGCCUUUCGAGGGGGUUCUUGGGGCUGGGGUGUGAGCCUGGAAUUGUUUUCACAGUUAUGUUGAGACCCUUGAGGUUUGUGGGGGUGUGGUUCCUCUGCUCCCUCUGUUGCCUCACACCCACCCGCCCACGCUGGACCCAGCAGGCCCUCUUGUCUCAGCCCUGGGGUCCUCAGCUUAGAGUUGGAGGCCUCAGGUGGAGAUCUGCCUGUCACUGUCAAGGAAUGAGCCUGCCCACCCCUCCCUGGGGGUGAUCUGCUGCUGAGUCACAGGCCCAGCCCGAGGAGCUGGAAGAAUGUGCAAUAGAAGAGAGGAGGCGGCAGGCAGGCAGGCAGGUGGAGGCACCACAGGGCUCCUCCUCCCUCACCUGCGCCCAGACCCACAGCCUCCUAAACCUGCAGGCACGUCCUUAUCCCCACCCCAGCCCCACAGCCCGCAUUAACGCUCACCACGAACGCAGCCUGAUUGGGGCCAUCCCUGCUCUGGCCCGGUGGGCUUGGGCCUGUUGGGCCUGUGAGGAUAUCUGCCCCCCACCGAAGGUGCCCUAGGAGGCCGCAGGGCUGAGGCCCUGGUUGGAGGGGCCUCCCCCACCUGCAGGAUUGUUAGCAUUAGAGCUGGCCCCCUCCCCGUGACCGUGACCCUGACUGCGAAGCUGCUAAUGCUUUCAGAGGAAUUGACUCUUACCCAACAGGGGAACGCUGAGGUGAACCUCAGUAGUGCCGACACUAUUUUAAAAUGUUAUUUUAUGCAAUAAACUGUUGCUAGUCAGUGGGGCCCUGGCCCUGAGAAGUGCUUUGUAUUGAAGGAAUUGCUGCGGUGUUGUGUGAUUUUUGAAUGAUUUUGCAGUAAAGACCUGGUCUUUCUACUCA